UCCCAAUCUCUCUCUUCAAUCUUACUCAAUUCUUAGCUUCAACAACAAUGAACCCUAAAAGAAAUCAAACCCAAAACUUAGAAAACAUCACCCUACCUGAAUCUAAUAUCUUAAUACCAAAAGCACCUGUACAAAAUCGGAAAAUCUCCCAAUUUGGAUUCAUGGGUCUUCUCAAAAAGGAAUAAAUAAGGACUACCCAGAUGGGUUUCUUAGUACGAUGAAUGCUAAGGGUUAUAUGGGCAAAAAGGGUUUCCAGGGUAAGGAAUUUAAGCCUAAUGUGGGUCAUGGGAUGAGAAAUGAUGCUGCCCAUUUAGCGGCAUCGAAGGCCGCGGCAUCGAAGGCCGCGGCUUGUGGGAAGAGGAGAGCUUUGAUGUGCAAGCAUUUGAGGAUGGUUGUUUUUGUUAUUGGAUUGAUGGGUUCUUUCUUCUUUCUCGAUUCGUUGAUGCUUAGUGUUAUGCAUCGUAUUGUUCCUCCCCGUCGUGGAUCGGGGAUUAGAAAGUUAAGGGGUUUACAAGAUGGAGAAAGCAUAUACAUCAAGGAAAGGGUCCCCAGGAUAAUGUACAGACGACUUAUGGCUUUGGCUUGCAUUGCAGUUGCAAAGAAUGAGCUCCAGCAUAAUCAAUUUUCACUCUGGAAGGAGCCAUAUAGACAAGCGUCUGCUUGGAAACCUUGUGCUGACAAAAAUAAUCAGCUUCAACAAGGAGAUAACAUGAAGAGGAUUGGCUUCAUAUUAGUGAGUGCAAAUGGUGGACUGAAUCAACAACGAGUAGCUGUGUGCAAUGCUGUUGCUGUUGCUGCUUUACUCAAUGCCACUUUGGUCCUUCCAAAAUUUCUUUACAGCAGCGUUUGGAGGGAUUCUAGCCAGUUCGGUGAUAUAUAUCAAGAAGAUUAUUUCAUAAACUUUUUGAAAGAUGAUGUGAAGAUUGUGAAAGGGCUGCCACCUCAUCUUCAAACACUGGACAUUGAAGCAAUUGGUAGCCAAAUAACUGAUAUGGACAUCAGGAAAGAAUCUAAACCCAUACAUUUUCUCAAUGUUAUACGUCCUCUUCUAUUAAAGAAUGGUGUUGUUCAUUUCCUUGGAUUUGGAAAUCGUGUUGCAUUUGAUCCAAUGCCGAAGAAUUUGCAGAGGUUAAGAUGCAAAUGCAAUUUCCAUGCAUUAAAGUUUGUUCCAAAACUUCAAGAAACCGGUUCCCUAUUGGUCAGAAGGAUCCGCAAAUAUGACUCAAGGUUGACUCACUUGGACAAACAAUUACUUGGAAAAUAUAUACCCAAUCCUCCCUUGAUUGAACACAACAUUACCACCCAGCCAUCAAAGUAUCUUGCCUUGCACAUGAGAUUCGAAAUGGAUAUGGUGGCUUACUCUGUAUGUGAUUUUGGCGGUGGAGAGAAAGAAAGGAGGGAAUUGGAAGCUUAUAGGGAGAUUCACUUUCCUUUGCUCGUCAAGAAAAUGGCCAAAAAUACAUCCUUUUCUCCAGCCGAUCUGAGGAGCUUAGGUAGAUGCCCGUUGACUCCUGAAGAAGCAGGACUCAUGCUUGCAGCUCUCGGUUUUAAACGUGAAACCUAUAUGUAUCUUGCUGGAUCACAUAUUUAUGGGGGUCAGUCUAGACUGCUUCCGUUCACUAGACUGUAUCCUAAUUUGGUUACAAAAGAAGAUCUUCUUACACCGAGUGAACUUGCUCCCUUCAAGAAUUUUUCGUCUCAGUUGGCAGCAUUAGACUUCGUUGCUUGUGCAACUGCUGAUGUCUUUGCCAUGACUGACUCUGGAAGUCAACUUUCGUCGCUGGUAACUGGAUUCCGAACCUACCACGGGAGAGGACGAGCUCCAACACUGAGACCCAACAAAAAGCGUUACGCAAAGAUUUUGUCGGAGAAUAGGACAAUAGCGUGGGGAGAUUUUUCCGAGAGAGUAAAGAAAAUGAUCGAAGAGGGUCAAAGAGUUCGCCCACGACGAAGAGGUAGAAGUAUUUAUAGGCAGCCGAGAUCUCCAAGUUGUAUGUGCAAGGGUUGAGGAGUUUUGGUCGGCAUUGUUUCCUUGUUUGUUUGUGUAGUGCAACAGAGGAGAAAAGGGUGAAAUUUUUUUUGUCUCCUCUUCGUGUAACGUGGACUUGUUGGAAUAUUGUCUUACUAACUUUAACAAUUGCUCUUUGACGUUACUUCAAAAAAAAAAUCAAGUGUGCAAAGUUC